AUGACAUUGGAUUCUAUGGGGGAAGGGACUUGGUUUGUGUUUGGCUUUCAUUGUUCUCACGAUACCAAUGUCAGUUUAGUUCAAAGCUACAAACUUAAGCUUCACUCACCACCGCAUCUGAAAGACAUUCCGCCGGGUCUCCAAACACAGGGUCACAUCCAUUACUAUAUCAAUGACGAUAAUAACAAAGACGCUAUCGCUGCCGGUUACGCCUCUGCUGACGAUGCUAUUCCAAUUAACUCCGGCAUGAACUGCAAACGUGAGCAUAAACAAGAAAGUAGGGAAAGGGGGUUGGAGAGGAAUAUAAAGCCUAAUGAUAUGGCUUAUGUUGCAGUUGCUACUGCAACUUCUUUAGUAGCCUCUCACUGCCUUGAAAUUGUAGAAUAUAUGGGAGCUGAACAUGAACAGAUUGCAACUGCAGUCGACUUGGCUAUUAAUGCGAAAACGAAUGGAGAUAUUAUGACUCUUACAGCUGGAGCAGCAACAUCCUUGCGUGGAGCUGCAACUCUAAACGCGCGUCUAAAGAGGGGGAUUGGAGCUAUUACGAUUCCCCCGAUUGAGGAUAAGUGUGGCGAAGCCAAAAAAGCAAGCAUCUUGACAGCACUGGACUUUGUCUUUCAAGGAGGUGUACUUCUCAAACGUACAAAGAAAAUGUACACAAAGGGAAACUGCUGGAAACUGCAUGCUGGAUGCUUGGAACCUUUGGACAACACUCUAGAUUUACCUCUUAUGCACAGAUUCAUGGAAAUCUCAGAUCUUAAUAAGUCAAAUAUGCAAAUCUUGCUGGCGAUAUUGGCUACUACGGGUAAGGAUUUAAAAGACUCACGAGUGCUAACUGAUGUCGGUGACGUCCCUAUUCAAGAAAUUCGAGAUUGUGGCGUAGAUGAUAAAAGAUUGAUGAGUGUCAUUGGCGAAUCUGUCAAGUUAGUGAUGGAAGAGGCUCCUCUAAGACCCUUAGUUUUAGGUGGUGAUCACUCAAUAUCAUUUCCAGUUAUUAGAGCUGUCUCGGAGAAGCUUGGAGGACCAGUUGAUGUUCUUCAUAUUGAUGCGCAUCCUGACAACUAUGAUGCAUUUGAAGGGAACAUUUAUUCGCAUGCUUCUUCCUUUGCUCGUGUCAUGGAGGGUGACUAUGUUCGACGACUCUUGCAGGUUGGUAUUCGAUCAAUAACAGCUGAAGGACGUGCACAAGCAAAAGUAAAAUAUCAUAAAGAAACCUCAAUUGACUCCACUAUUUCAUAUCUUGGAUUCAAAAUCAAAGAUAAGAAACUAGGGGAAGGUGUGAAAGGGGUGUAUAUCUCGAUAGACGUGGAUUGUCUUGAUCCUGCAUUUGCUCCGGGAGUGUCUCAUAUUGAACCGGGAGGUCUUUCUUUCCGCGAUGUUCUUAACAUCCUACACAAUCUUCAAGGUGAUGUUGUUGCUGGAGACGUCGUUGAACUCAACCCACAACGCGAUACUGUUGAUGGAAUGACUGCUAUGGUAGCUGCUAAGUUGGUCAGAGAAAUGGCUGCAAAGAUUGCAAAAUGA